AAUAAUAGAAAUGAUACUGUAAGUUGGCAUAGAUUUGGAAGUGGUGGAAAUAAUAAUCGUUCUUCAAUAAAAGGAUUUUUACAAAAAGUUGACAACUUCAGACGAACUAGAAAUUUUGAUAUCGAUGAAAUUAAAGAAGCUGAAGAAAUAAUUCCCCCUGAUGGGACCGAUAACGAUUCUUAUUCUUAUUUAUAA